AGAGAUCUGAUUUUCAACACCAGACUGCUGCCGUCAAUUUAAUAGACGAUAUUCUUAUUAGUGAACAGAUGAGAAUAGUCUGCUACAACCAGACCAUCUACGACGACCUACGUUUGGAGGCGAAUGAAUAUGCAGGACUUACGCUUGGAGUUGAUAAUUAUCCGCAAACAACAGUUCUUACUUUAGUAAAGGAAUUGUUUGAUCAAGCCUCCAUUCUUAUUUUGGACAAUGACAGGGCUGUGGUUGGCCUGGAGCAGACAUUUUUCAGUGUAUCAGAAGAUGUUGGUUAUGUUGAGCUCUGUGCCAAUGUUUCAUUCCCAGACAUUACCUGUCCUAUUGAAUUCCCUUUUGAAGUUGAUCUUUUGACUGCUGAUGGGACUGCAGUGGAAACCAUGGACUAUGGAGCAAUUAAUGAGACUCUGAUGUUUGAUGCCUGUGAGACGAGGAAGUGUGUGAAUGUCACCAUAACAGAUGACAUGGUGGACGAACAGAGGGAGUUGUUUACCUACACCCUGACAAGGACACCUUCUCUAGACCCCAGGAUUGAGUUAGAUCCUAUUGAUGGAACAGUU